AAUGAUAAAAUCGUUAUAAGAAUGGAUUCAAUGGAAAUCGAUGACAACUUGUAUAUAAAUAAGAGCCUCACAAUGGAAGGCCUCAUCACCCGAGUGGAUUUCCAAAGAAGAAAGCAGCCGUCCAGAUGUGGUACUUUGUGUCUUGGGUUACUGUGUGCUCUCCUGUUGGCUGGUAAUAUAGGACAGAUCAUCUACUAUGAGACAAUCAUCCAUGCUGCAACAGCAGACCCACUGCAGGAAAAUUACAACACUCUGACUCAAGAGAAGGACCAAACUGAUAACAGCACCCUGACCACAGAGAGAGACCAACUCCAGAGCAAUUAUGAUGCUUUAACUGCGGAGGGAAAAAAGUUAGAGGCCAGACUGAGUAACCUGACUAAAGACAAAGACCAGUUGCAGACCAGUUAUAAUUCUCUGGCUGAAGAGAGAGAAGAGCUUCUCACCAGUAAUACGGCUUUGACGACUGAAAGAGAUGAGUUCAAGGCCAGUUUCAACAAUCUGAAAAACGAGAGAGACCAGAUACAAGCAAGUUACGCGACCUUAAAACAACGCAGCAAUCAAUUAAAGACAAGCUAUGAUGCAAUGCAGAGGAAACAUGAGGGGCUACAGACCAAACACAUUAAUCUGACAGCAAGUAAAGACCAGCUAGAGAUCAAUUACAGUAAUUUGCAAAGAGAAAAAGAUGUGUUACAGACCCGUGUGAGUACACUGAUGGCAAACAGCGAUCAUUUACAGAGCAACUACUCUUUACUGAAGAGGGACAGGGACCAGUUGCAGACCAGUUAUAAUUCUCUGGCUAAAGAGAGAGAACAGCUUUUAACCAAUAAAACAGCUUUGACUGCUGAAAGAGGUGAGUUCAAGGCCCGUUUCAACAAUCUGAAAAAUGAGAGGGACCAGUUGCAGAGCAAUUACUCUUCAGUGAAGAGGGAAAGGGACCAGUUGGAAAGAAACUACAGUAUGAUCAGUUCAAAGGAUGAUCUGCUUCAGAUCAGCUACAAUUCACUAUGGAAAGACAAAGACCAAUUGCAAACCAGUUAUAAUACUCUGAAGAGGGAAAAUGUGCAAUUACAGACCAAUUUUAACAGCUUGGAAACACGUAGAGAUCAGUUACAGAAGAAUAUUGACAAGAUGACUCUCAAAGUAAGAGACAUGCUCUGUCCGAAAGGCUGGUGGAAGUCUGACAUCAGCUGUUACUUUGUUUCAAGCCUGAAGAAAAACUGGACUGAAAGCAGACAAGCCUGCAUUUCCAUGGGAGCAGAUCUGGCCGUCGUAGACAACAGGAAUGAACAGAUGUUCAUCAGUGGGUUACUAGAAUCAGGCCAAAAUGCCUGGAUUGGUCUGACUGACAGUGGUACAGAGGGGACAUGGACGUGGGUGGAUGGGACCCCAGUCACCACAGUGUACUGGCAGCCCGGGCAGCCCAACAACUUCAAGAAUCAGGACUGUGGAGAAAUUGUCCACAAACCGGGACAAAUGGGACAAUGGAACGAUGACGGCUGUUUUGCAGAUCAACUGUGGAUCUGUGAGAAAUAAGAUCACAGUGAUUUACACUGUUAAUGAUGGACUGUGGUUCUAAUGUUUAUCUUCAAAGUUUAAAGUCUGGUGAUAUUCCCAUCCCAUGACAAGACCACAGCGAUGAAUUGAUCCUACUAACAAGUAUUGUCUGUGUGUUCAAAGCCUGAUAUAGUUUAUUCCUCUGAGCCACAGAGCUCCAUUGUUAUUAAAAUAGUUUAUUUUGAGUCGAUCACACAUACUGUAGGCUACACUGUGCUGAAAAUAUUGGCCAACAAAUACACGAUUCAGUCUUGUUUGAGUAACAUUUGUCAGAAAAACUACAGUACCCACAUGUUUUUAGAAAUGAUUUAGCCAAUUUUAAAAAUGAUUUAAAAUAUUUACAUCUUCAGGAGGCUUUGAGCUGUGAGCCACAGACUGAGGAGGGAAGUCAAACAGUAUUGAGAGAUGAACUCACACAUUGUUAGUUUUGGUCUUUUAAUGGGAUUGCUGAAUAUAAUAAAAACAUAAAAUAUUGGCAGCCUUAUCCUUCAAUACUGUUAAACGAUCGUUUUACCCAAAAAACACAUUGCAUACUUCCAGUGGUGUACAGCCAUGCAGAUAGUUGUGGUUUUAUUUGCACAGAUCUUGAGAUAACUGUCUCUGAGAUUUCUGCCUCCACUCCAAUACAAUGACAAAGGAUUUGCAUUAAUGUUGUCAAAAGCAUUGAAAAAUGGCGAGAGCACAUGUGUUUCCAAAAAAAAAAUGACCCUGUUAUUCUGGCUAAUACAUUGAAAAACAUUAAAACGGUGUUUUAGAUUAUUCAGAGUAACAGGGACUUUUUUUGUGACCACUUUUAUCUUGUAUUUUGAGUGACCUAACCCUUUAAUAGAUACAAAACAUGACAGGAAUAAUAUCCAAACAGGCUGUGCACCCAUUCUUCCAUCAGAAUCAUUGCAUUUUUAGUUUGCAACGAGACAAUUUCUUUUUUAGCAUUUAUGAUUUUCACCUUGUACAUUGCUAAUAUUUACCAAUUAGCUGAUGCUUAGUGUUUGUAAAAAAUAGAUUUUGAUAGAUUUUCCUCUGCUGUAUUCUGUGUCUUUUGGAAUAGCAUAGACAUGUAAACAAAUUGUCAUCUCUGUGAUUAAUUAAUAUGCAUGAAAAUGAAUGUAUACUACAAAUAAUGCAUGUCACAAAACACAUUGGUAUAAGAUUUGCAUAUGAUAUGAAUUAUUUACAAUACUGCUCUGUAUUGAUUAUAUGACAGUGGUGAAAUGAGCUCUCUGGCACAGACUAAUUUACAUCUCGGUAUUUUCCCAAGGAAAUUUAUUGUUUGUGUUUGAGGUGUGUGUGCAAUAAGCUGGCACAGUCUAAUUAAUUAUUUAUUGAGGGAAAUGAUUUUCUCUUCCCUGGUUACUUAAAUCUUGACUUCAGAAUUCAGUCACAAGAACAGAACAAAGAUGUCUUACAAUAUUGAAAUUGAAGCAUUAUGAACGUGCCUUUUUUCUGUGUAGGUAAAAACAGAACAUGUAUUGAUAUUUGGAUGCACCAAACAAGGUGGAACUGGGUUAAACUUUAAGAUUUAGACUGCAGAAUGACUUACAAUAAUGAGCACAUUUAUUGUUUUGCAUCAUGGACAUCUUUUCAAGAAUACCAGGCUGUUAAAAUCAGAGUAGUAUGGACUUUGUUUUUUUUUUUCACCAUUUUUUUCUUCUUCACUCAGCUAUAUCUGGGUCAACACGCAAAUGUCAUAAACAGGUCAAAAUAAUCCAGCAGAGCUCAAAUCUGUUAACACCUCCUGACCUACUCCACUUUUAAA